AUGUCUUCUGAUAUACUCAUCCUCUUCGUGGCUGCACUGGCCACAGUUUUCUUCUACAGUCGUCGACACAGUAGAUUACCACUACCCCCUGGGCCAUCUCCAAAGUUCUUUUCCGGAAAUGUUCAUCAACUGCCAAAGAAAGAGCCUUGGCUGAUGUAUGCCACGUGGGCUGAAAGCUAUGGGCCCAUAUUCUCCUUCCGCGUGCCUAACCGGCAGUUCAUAGUCCUCAGCUCCCUACAAACGGCUACUGAAUUGCUCGAUUCACGUGCCACUACAUAUUCUGAUCGUCCAAAAAUAUGGAUGUACACAGAACUUGCGAAGCGCAACCUGAACCCGUUCAACAUAUCUUUCACUCACCCGUAUUUCAAGACGUAUCGCACGGCCCUCAAAGCCAGUCUGAGUCCCCGCACUAUACAAAGCUACCAGUCGCUGCAAACCGAACAAUCUCGUGUCCUGCUUGAUGGUCUGCACAAGAGCCCUGAACAUUUCGCCGAUCAGAUCAAAAGGAAUUCAGCGGCCGUUGUCCUUUAUCUCGCAUAUGGUUGGAAGGUCACCGAGAAUGAUGAUUAUUUCAUCGGUAUCCUGAAAGAAGGCUUCGCAAUCAGUGCCAUACUAUCCCAGCCUGGACGUUGGUUGGUCGAAGCAAUACCAUCAUUGCGUUUCCUACCUUCAUGGUUUCCAGGGGCAGGUUUUAAGCGUGUAGCAUUUGACCUCGGGCAAAAGUUAAGUAGGAUCGACACAAUACCAUUUAAGUGGUCCAAACAGCAAAUACACAGCGGCAGCUACACGCAUUCCUUCGUUUCAGAACAGCUCCUUCCAGAGGAUGGGUCCACGGUCAGCGCCCAACACGAAGAGAUCACUAAGUGGUGCAGUCUGGGGAUCUAUGCAGGGGGAGUAGACACCACAUCAUCAUCCUUGACGUCUUUUGUCCUGGCAAUGGCGCUUUAUCCCGAGGUGCAGAAGCAUGCUCAGGCAGAGAUCGAUGCCAUCGUAGGUCAGGACCAAUUUCCCACGUUCAAGGACAGAGACAAGCUUCCGUACAUCGGGGCGCUCAUCCAAGAGCUCCUCCGCUGGGCACCCGUGGUUCCGCAAGGGCUCCCGCACCACGCAAUGAGGGAAGACGUCUACAAAGGGUACCGCAUUCCCAAGGGUGCAACUAUCAUCGCGAACAUUCUUGCCAUGUCACGGGAUAAAGAAAUGUAUCCCGACCCAUUGGAGUUCAGGCCUGAGCGUUUCCUUGGUCCCUCGCCACAAUUGGACCCACGCAAGUUCAUCUUUGGGUUUGGGCGCCGUGCAUGCCCUGGGCUGCAUUUUGCUCAAGCCUCCUUGUACCUCAAUAUCGCUUGCAUCCUUGCUGUGUUCACGAUCGCCAAACCGCUUGAUGAGAAAGGUGAAGAGAUCACACCUCCUGUAGAGUUCGACGAUGCUGGUGUACUCUGGUAA